AUGGCUGAUGAUAACGAGAUUCCUCACCCACCCACCACUGCUUGCUUUGUCGCUGGCCUUGCCGGUGGAUUGGCCGGUCUUGCAGUUGGACAUCCAUUUGUAAAGGUGCGAUUACAGACACCUGCUGCACGCUAUAAAGGCACAUUGGAUUGUGUCAUUUCCACAGUGCGUCAAGAAAAGAUAUACGGCCUAUAUAGAGGCAUGGCGUCACCUGCGGCGGGUGUAGCAUUUAUCAACGCACUUGUAUUUGGAGCUUUCAAUCGUAUCAUGAAGCUGCAAGAGGGGAAUGGCUAUGCCAACAUUAUGGUUGCAGGGAUGGGUGCUGGUGUUAUCACAAGUUUUAUCACAUGUCCUAUGGAGCUUGUCAAGGUGCAAUUGCAAAACCAAACGGUUGGACAUACAGGCCCUAUUGAUUGCUUAAAGCGUAUCUAUACCACUGGUGGUGUCCGAGCUUGUUUUACCGGCAUCUUACCAACCGCUAUGCGCGAGCUCAGUUUUGGCCCCUAUUUUGUCACCUAUGAGCUCACUGCUGGUCUGGGACCUAUUCUUGGAGGAGGUCUUGCUGGCAUAAUGGCUUGGAUUUCUACUUACCCUGCUGACGUAAUCAAGACGAGAAUUCAAGCAGAGCCUGGGAAAUACAAAGGCAUGAUCGAUUGUUUACGGACAUGUUACCAAAAAGAAGGGCUCAGUGUGCUCUUUCGUGGUAUGGCACCAACCUUGCUUCGGGCAUUCCCAUGCAAUGCCGCAACAUUCUUUGCGUAUACAUGGACCAUGCGUCUAUUGGUAAACGAGAAAAAUGAAUACCACGUUGCUGCAACUUAUGAUGACAAAAACACGGCGGCUCUCUGA